AUGGCGCCUUCGGCGGGAUUUCGCUUGAAGGUUCUCUUGAGGAACCUUCAGAGCCCCAGCGCAGGCGAGCGCCUGGAUGCUGUAAGGACUCUGAACACGGGCAAGGAAGGCUCGUCUGCGGCUUUCCUUGCCGAUGCCCUUUGCAGGGAUGGAGACUGGCAAGUCCGGAGGACCGCGGCCAAGGCUCUUGGCGCGCUGGGUGCACCUGCCAGCAACGUGCUUGUGCAAGCACUCGGGGAUGCCAACCCCUUUGUGAGGGAAGCUGCUGCAGAAGCGAUUGGGCAUGUGAGCUCAGGUUCUGGACCCAUUCAGCUGGCUGCUUUGGAGGCAGUUCUGCGGCAUGAUGCCAUGCCCUUUGUGCGCAGCGCCGCCGGACGUGCUAUUGGGAGCCUUGCAGCUACUGGACAAUGCGGCCAAAGUUAUGCCGCAUUGGAAGACGCCUUAUUGGAUGAUGCCUGGCAGGUGCGCUGGCAGGCAGCAAGAGCGCUGGCAUUCAGCUCGGAAGACCAGGUUGCGUCCGUGGCCUCCUGCCUCAAAGAUGAAAGCUGGCUAGUGAGACGCGAAGCUUGUGCAUCGCUUGGUGUGCUCAGCUCUGUGAAGGGUCGCAGUGCUUUGGAGAAAGCCUUGAGGUCAGACUCCGACUCCCGCGUUCGAGAAGAAGCGGCCAAGAGUUUGGCGGCGAUCAGUAAGUCUGCGAAACUGCUGGGCAAAUCUACUGAUGCAACUGGAUUCCCUACAGAUGCCCUUGCAGCUGCUUUGAAGGAUGAGGAGGUGAGGGUCCGCACUGCUGCAAUCGUGGCCUUGGGCUCGCAACCGGUGGCUGCGCGUCAGCAUGCAGGGUAUUUGGUCGAACAGCUCCUCACGGGAGAUCGGGACGUUCGUGCUGCGGUCUUCACCGUGUUUCAGGAAGCAACGAGCCAUGCCGGCGCUCGCUUGGUAGCUGCCGCCUUCGACGCUGGCAAGCGCCACCAGGUGCGCCAGGAGGCGGAGGAGAUCAUGGCCUGGUCUCGGGCCAUCGCUCGCCACGUGCUGCGCUUGGCACAAGAUCUUCGAGCUGCCUCCCGCGAGGCUCAACUCACAGCAGAACGCCAUUUGUCGCUUUUGGGCCCAGCUGCUGGCGUGUGCCUUGUCAAUGAGGUGGUAAAAACAAAAGGUGCAGACUUCGGGCAGCGCAUGGCAACAAUCCGAGGGCUCAUCUCCUGCUUCUCUGCUUCAGAACGUGCACGCUUGCCACCAGACCUUGCUUGUGCCGCCCUCUCAGAGUGGAUCUACGAGCCCUCGUUGGAACAUUUGCCUGUUCCAGGAUUGGAGUUGGUAAAGCUUCAAACUCCGGAGGAACACCACGGGAUCAACCUGCAGUGGGCAGUUCUUCGAGAUGACUUGGGCAGCUGCUUUGUGGUCUUCCGUGGCUCUGAAACGGUGUUGGAUUGGACCGAGAACAGCUAUGUAUCACUUCGCCGAGUCUCUGUGCCUGCGUGGCACGGAGUACUUCUGCUUCACAGUGGGUUUUGGAGCACUGCAGAGGCCGAGUCCCAAUGCCUUCUGCAUGCAGUUCGCCAAGCCGCUGCGGGUUCUCCUUUCGAAACAGUGAUCUUGUGCGGUGGCUCCAAAGGUGGUGCGAAUGCGCUGGCUGCUGCCAUCCAAUGGUCGGUGACACAAGCACCAAUUGAAGAGAAUGUUUUGCCCUGUCAAGAGCUGCAGGUCGUGACCUUUGGUGCUCCCAACAUCGUUGGUCGCGGAAGUGGCAAGGCAGAAACUGCCCGAGCCCUUCAGGGGCUUCGACUCGCCCUGGAAAGCCACGCACCGCGCUCGAGGGCAUGGAGCUUUACUCAGGACCCUGUGCCAGCAUUGAUGAGCUCAAGAUCCCGGCAGGUGAUUUCAUACUAUCACCAAGGCUCUCGCUAUGCUAUGGGCGCGCUUCGUCGUAUCAUGCCAGAGGCUUACAAGAAAGUGAACAAGUACCUGAAGGAGGCGGUGCGUGUCACAGCCACCUUUCAGCCAGUGCUGACUGAGGCGUGGUUAGAUCCGCCGCCGGGCUUGGCCGGUGGCCCUUUCCAGGCCGCAGUACAUCCACAGCGGAACUACACCGAGGCUCUUUGCCGGCGCCUUCUGCACUUCUGA